UCGCCCCAGAUUUCCCUCCUAAUACGCGGUCAUCUUAGGAGAGACUCGAUCGGGGGUAGAGGAAACAAACAGCGCCGAGAGGGCUUUACUUCGGCACGAAGAGUUAGCAGAGAAGAGUAUUCCUUUAAGGUUAAUCUGAGAAAAAACGGAAAGGCUGAAAAAGAUUGUUGUGGAUUUACUCAGAGGGAGCAGGAAGCGGUCCCCUUCAGGUAUGUUUGUGUGUCCAGUUAUACAUUUAUUUAAUAGAUCGGUUAUCUUUUUUCAACCUCACAAUCUUCACAGUAUCCGCUAAUCAAAAGUUUCGUUCAUCGCGUUUACGAUGGUCUCCAUAACCCAAAAAUCAUGCAGCUGGUAUAUCAAAAUGACCCAAUUGUUAACAAACCGCUAAGAUUAAUACCGUAAACUACUUCUCAUCGUUGCCUAAAAGCGUUGUUUGCAAGAGCUGAGUCGCCUCAGUAAUAAUGAGCUUUUAGAUUAUUCGAGUUGAAUUAAAUAUGACCAGGUUUGAGGAAGGAGGGUAGAAACAAAAUAAGCCACAAAAUCUGCGAGUGAAGAGGACGGUGUAGUCUGAUAAAUACAUUUUUUUUAGUUUGUAUGACCUGAUAACAUCUGAAUUACCCCUACAGUUUCAACUACAUCUAAUUUUGACAUGAAUACGCAUGAAUUCCGCCUUUGCACUCACCUAAGAUGCUUCCACGGUGAAUGAACGCUUGAAUCAUAUCAACUCUAAUGUCCAAUAACGAUUCAGUUACAAAUGCAUUAUCAUCGGCUUAUUCAAACCAUAAUAAAACCCAACCGAAAGUGAAACUCGUAAGUUUCUGUUCUAUAAAAGGUCUUGGGGGUUUUAUGCCCGAUAAUCGAAAAUGAUAGAGUUCAUCCAACCGCAUCAGUAAGUCAAACAAAUUGAGCACAAUCGAAUUAUAUCGGGAUUGAUUUUUUUUUACAGGACUUCGUGAUUUUUUUCCUUGAAUCUGAUGAAAUUUGAGUGAUUUAACCCUUAACGUACCAACUACGCAUAUAUGCGUAGAAAUAUACGACGUGAUUUUAACGCGCAAUUGUGGUGAAUUAUUGGGGCUUGGGCACUGGUGUUUCAUUUCAAAUGACUUAACAUAAAGUAUAGUUUGAGGCAGUGAAAGAAAAUGGCCGACUUGGCGAGUUGUAUUAAAGAAUUUGGAAAUUUAAAUUUCGAGUGUGUAUUGUCUGUGGUUUUUUAAAAAUGGCGGCGUGCGAAAUAUCUCCUGAAGCAUUCUGUGCGACUGGAAGCGAUGAAAACGAUGUGGAAAUCGAAUUUAUCGACGAAGACAAUUUACCUUUGGCUUGUAUCAGUGUUUUGGAGCAUCCCGAGUCAGAAGAAGAGAUUGACUCCGAUGAUUUGGCAGAAUCUAGUGGGGAUGAGUCAGAAGAACUGGAAAGUGAACAAGAUGAAGACCCAGAGGAGGAAGAAGAAGUAUCGGCAUAGAGCGAAGAAAUAACGAGAAGGGAUGAUAUUGUUUUCAGUGAACUCGUGGGAUUGGCAGCAAAUGUAAACAUUAGAUCUUUGGCAUCAAACAAAGGGUUUUUUGAUCUGUUCUUCACUGCUCAGGUAUGGGAGUUGUUAGUUGCUCGGACUAAUCUGUAUGCAAAUCAGAAACGAGGAGCUGCAGAAAAGUCUGUGUGGUAUCCAGUGUCUGUGGAAGAAAUGAAAGGUUGGGUUGCCAUUUAUUUGUGUAUGGGAAUUAUUAACAUGUAUUAAAAGUCAGCUCAUAUGCAAGGCUAAUGCUGUGUGGUAUUAUAAGAUUUUUUUCUAUAUCAUAGAAGUGUGUGUUUCAAAUGCACACAUUUUGGAGAGAAAAUCUCCAUGUCAUACCACUAGAACUGCUUUAGACCUCAGAAAGUCCUUGAUAAGUCACUUGAUUGAAGGAAAGUCCUUUAGAAGGGACACUCAAAUGCGGCCACCACCCACUUCUGAAAUUAGAUUUAAUCAAGAACACUUUCACCAGCUGGUAAGCAACGACAAAAGAUCUACUUGCAAGGUUCACUUACAGCAUGUAGGUACCUUUUAUAGCUGUGCAGUGUGUGGAGUAUGCAUGUGUCUGGAGCCCUGUUUCCUCAGGUAUCACACAUUGAGAGACUUCUAUUUCAAUGAUUAAGAUCAUGAAGGUCCCAGAUGUCGGAAAGAAGGAAGAGGGAGGCCUCGCACCAGAGGAAGAGGAAGAGUUCUCCAAAGUUGAACAUGCAUAGACAAAUUUGAUAAUUGAAAAGAAAUAACAAAGGCAAAGUGAUAUAUGAGACAAUAAAAGUGACUUACUCUAAGACUUUCUCAAGAUUAGAUUUUGUUACUAAUAAGAUAAUUCAUGCCCUUACAAUAAUCUUAAUGGGUCAAAUUUGUGUGCAGAGAAGUGUUUUUAACCCUUAAAAUGAUAUUUUUAAUGUGUGAAGGUCAUGAUUUUUUGAGAAAAAGCAAUAGUUCUGAAAUUUAUUUGUUACAGGAUUCUUUCAAUUAGUCCUUCUUGAAACUUCCAAUAAUUAUGCUAAUUAUGCAUGCCGUGACGUCAUCAUAUGAUGUGUAUCCCAUAAUAAGUUAAACAAAUUGAUAGAAAAUUUUCCACUGGUUAUGAACAUAUAUGGUCAUAUGGGGCUUUAUUAAAAAGAAAUUGAUCUACAACUGAUUUUGUAAACAUCACUCGGGUUUCUCCAAAAAAAAUAACAUGCCCGUGGUAUGUUAAGGGUUAACAUGCAAUCUGACGGUGGCAUAACGUUUAAUAGAUCUUCAUUUUACUGUCUGACCAUACUCAAUAGACAACUGACUCUAUAAUCGAUUGAUUUAUUUCUCUGGCUAAUCAAAGUAAAUUAAAUUACAAAUCGUUCGGUUUCACGCUUCAGUAAGUUAUGGAGAUUUUGGCUGGGGUAGACUGAGAAAUGAUAAUACUGAUAAUGUUCCAAAUCUAAAAUCUUAUAGCUAGCACUGUAUUAGGCAGACCUCAAGUUAAACAGUUACAAUGCGUGAGGCGGACACUGACUGAGGUACAAACCCCCAUUUCACCACGAAAUAAAUCUACUUCCAAUACCUCUAUAUUAUUCAAUGGACUUUGACGCAAAAAAUGAGUUCAUUGGUUAAAACAUUUAUUAACCUAUUUUUUUAGAUUUCGCUCGGCACCAGUUUGCGACCAAAUAAAUUGGAGUGAUCAUUCUCUCCGGUAUUUUUAACUUCUAUUUAGCAAAAUAUACCGAAAGAAAUGCUAUAUAAGCCAUAGAAUGAUAAUUUUGGCGGAAUGCUCGGGUAAGAAACCGAAAGAACUUCAUCGCAUGCAUGAGAGAACGUUAAAUUAUUGAUGUUCUCUGUUAUCACUGUACAACAAAACUACUCAUCAAAGCAAAUAGCUCCUUUAAGAGGAAAUAUUCCGAGGUACCGAACGAUUUCAAACGAAAGGUUAGAUUUAGGAUAAAUGUGUAAUAAAAACAGACAAUUUCCCGACAAUUUCAAAACAAUAACCCAAUAUCUGCUGCAGAUAUUGGGUUAUCAUGUUGAGUUCAAAGUCUGCCCAGUUUCCAAGCUCCUAGUCCGUGUAGUGUUCUCAAAUUUUUGCAAACUUAGAGAAAAGUGUCCUCUUGCAGAUGGUUUAGGAAAGGUUAUGAUAAAGCACUUAUCGAAUUGGGUUUUUGCAUGAUAUCCUGAAUUAUCAAACCCCGUGUCUGUGUUAUCUGCCUCGGCCUUCGGUUUUGGCAGAUAACUCAGACCUCGGUUUUGAUAAUUCAUGAUAUCAUGCUACAGCUCAUCCACUAACUGCUCAUUAUUAUUAUUAUUAUUAUUGUUUUAUCAUUAUUAUCUAAACGAAGAGCUGGCAAUCUUUGUACGCUCUAAGUGCACUUUACUUGAAACGCUUGGCAAUGGUUUGGUUUACUUUGAUUGAUAAUCGUUUGAACGUUGAUUAUAUCAAACGAACCAAGCUUUAUCAUCUUCGAAGUAUUUUAAGAAAAUAAAUUUUUUAUUUCACUUGAAAAGCUUGAAUUUUGAGGUAGUGCAAUACAGACAUUGUGAUUUUCAUUUUCUUGCAUCAAAGACGUCAUAAAUUGGUUGUAGGCUGCGAGCUCUAAAGCUCACUAUGAACAUAUCAUAAUCACGCACGAAGCAGUUUUCACCUAAAGUAUUCGGUUUUAAAAAGGGUAUUGAACCCUAAGCGUUGAAAUAUUCUUUUUCUACCCUAGGUUUACUAUGGCUACCGCAGCACCAACAGGUUCCUCGAGCAAGGAGACAACUAACUACGCUCGCCUAUGUCGUCUGCUGGUUGAUGUGGGUACCCAGGCCCUUAGAGACACAUUUGAUGCCAUCCAUCCACCAGCCAAUCUUCACACAAUUUUGACGGCCAAUAAAACCAUCUUACAGUCUCUAAGAACAAGAAAGGUAAUAAACGCGACGCAAUGGGGAAAGCUCUUCCCAGCCAUCCCUACUUCAGUUUCAUCGGCCAGUUUCGACAUUACACUUUUAAUGGUUCUGUUGCGAAACGUAUGCAGUUUACAUCCUCCUGCAACAGGCUGGGAUACGCUUCCUGCUGUUACAGACGUAAGCCGUGAAGCUGAUAUCGCCCGCGUUAAAUAUUACAGAAACACGGUGUACGGUCAUGCUGAGUGCGCUUCAGUAGAUGAUGCAACGUUCAACACAUACUGGGGUGACAUCCGGAACACUCUGGUGAGAAUUGGGGGUUCAAAGUACAGAGCAGACAUUGACAAUCUUGAAACUGAGUGUAUGGAUCCCGAAGUUGAAGAACACUGCAAAGAACUUCUCAGCCAAUGGAAAAAGGAUGAAGAAAACGUUAAAGAUAAACUAGAUGAACUAAUCAAGAAGCUGGAUGAUUUGAAAACAUCAAGUCUGCCUCAAAGGAAGGAAUCUGCCAUCGAAGGUUUAGGAAGCCUUAAUUUUAUUUCUUUCUUGUUCAAAGCUUGUAUAUCUCAAUGGUCUACGAGCUAUUACAACGUAAAAGACCAGCUGAAAAGAGGGCAAAGAGAAAGAAUGUUUUUAAUAUUUUCAUAUCUCAUUGACACCAAAACUUAACCAGGUUUUUAACAUGUUUUGUUAAACACGGCUUUAACUUUUUUCUUCAUUUAAUCUUCCAAUAUAGGACAUUGAAAAUACAAGCUAGUUAGAUACUACUUGAAACCUAUGAAAAAUGUAGUUUUUCUGUUCUCUGUUUCUGAUUUAACGGUUUAACUUAAGAUGUUUUGCUCAUGUGAAUGGGAUAUCAGUUCCUUAAAGUUCGCCUUUAUGUUUAAGUAAGUACUUAGCAUAUGUUACGGUUAUUAUAUCAAUGUAAUUGCGUGAUGAAUAUCUGGCUUAUAGGUUUUUUCAAACAUCAGCCGUAACCAUUUUGCACAUUCAAGUAGAAAAGUUAAACAGUAUCGUUUUACUAGGUGGAUGAAUGCUCCCUCUUUAUCCCAACAAGCAUGCGCAAGACCAUUCAAGAUGCUGACCUCUUCCUCAAGUAUAAAUGUUACCAAUCGUGUUGUUUGAUCACAGUCAGUUUCAUAGCUAUUAUAGUUCCUUUGACAAAUCAAAUUUAUCAAUUAAUUCCAAAGUUUAUUUUCGUGCUAAUUCAUUGCACUCGAAUUGGUUUUGAAUCAAAGGAAAUGCAGCAGCACAUCCUUGGUGAGAUUUUUUUUAAGGAAAAAAAACUUACAGCUUCAAUAUCUUUCUGAAAUAGGACAAGAAGAGAACAUUCCAUAACUCACUAAAUACUUCUUUACUUCAGCAAACAACCUAACUUUCACUUCAACCUUUCAUUUGCGUUUUCUUAAGGUAAUUCCACUGUACUGAAAGAGCUAUCGCAGGAAUCAGCAAUGUGUAGAGAAUAUGGCCAUGAGACCGAACCUCUGGAUCGCUAUUGUAACAACUGUAAAGUUCCCAUUUGCGACAGGUGUGGAGAGACUCGUCACACUCAUCACACUAAAGUGAAUAUCCAACAGGCUGCUGAAGAAGAGAAAUUGAAGAUGGAAGAGACUGUAGAACAAGUGAAAAUACAAAUUGUUGACCUUGAGAUGGAUAUAAAAACAACAACAGAACUAUUUACAAUAAGUAAGGAAAAAAUCGCUACAGCUCGUAAGGAUGUUUGGACAACAGUUGAAGAACUCAUUCGUGUAUUAAAGGAGCACGAAAGAACCAUAUUGACCGAAUUAGACGUUAUUGAAAAAGCACAACAAAGAGAUUAUUUGACACAACUAGAGCACUUGCAGGCAUCUGUACAUGAAUUAAAAAGCUCUGUGCGAAAUUGCGAGGAAAUCCUACACAAAAACGUCAGCGUUGAAACUGUUCAAGCGCAACAGGCCGAAAUUGAGAGGUCUAAAGGUGUUCUAAAAGCAUUAAAACUAGACAUUUAUAGGCCGUGUCACCUUUGCUAUCAGGCAGAUGAAGACUAUAUCGAGAAUUUGACAUGUAAAGCUCCUGGUAAAGUUUUUGUCUCUAAAACUGAUCCUUUACGGUCAAUUUUAGAAUGGAAUAACAGGAGAAAAGCUGAAGCUGGAUAUUACACACUCUUUGACAUUGUAACAAUUGAUUCAGGUGGGGAAAGUUGCCACCAGAAGAUCGAUGAGAUCAAGGUGACAGUUCGGACUCCGUCGGGGAUGGACCUCGACCUUAAGUAUAAUCACUGUUGCCAAGGGAGAUAUACCUAUUAUUAUAGACCACUCUGCGAUGGAAAACAUAAAGUGACAGUAUCAGUUAACAGUCAAUCACCUUUAGGUAGUCCCUGGAGUCUAUGGGUGGGACCAUAUGAGUAUUCCUUCUUUAUUGAUUUUGAACUAUGGGGAAUAGUACGAUUCGAAGAACCCUGCGCUGUUGCAAUAGACGAGAGGACAGGGAAUUUGGCUUUGGCAGAUCGAAAGAAACAAAGGGUGCAACUUUUUAAUUAUGAUUUGAAAUAUCUUACAGAACUCGGUCAGAAUGGACCAGCAGCGAUUAAACUAACAAAUCUUACAUCAGUUGCAUUUACCCGUUUUGGUAACGUCAUUGUCAUUGCUUCUGGAAGCGUAAUUUGUUUCACAAUUAGUGGUGAAUUUACAGGGUGCAUCAACCACAAAACUCUCAAUUCUCCUUUUUCACUGACUAUUGCGUUUGAUGGCAGUAUGAUAGUGUGCGACAUUGGUGACAAGUCAGUCAAGGUCCUCUCCCCUGACGGGACAGAAAUGCUACAGUCCUUCAGUGCUUUAGAUUGUGAUGAUUCCCCGUGGGAAGCUGUUUGUUUCCAAGACAUGUUCUUCGUGUCUUACCCCACAGCGGGUUGUGUUAAAACAUUUAACAAUAACGGGGACUUUCUAUUUGAUAUUGGGAAUGUAGGUAAAGGACAAUUGAGUAAGCCUCGGGGACUCGCUGUUGAUAUCUUUGGGAAUUUGAUAGUUUGUGACGAGGAAAACAAAAUGUUGAACGUUUACAAACUAAAUGGAACCUGUGUAGGAAGAAUUAUGUGUGAUUUUUUUGGCUGUCCCUGCUCUAUUGCUGUCUACCCAAGCAUUCAACCGGCACGGAUUAUCGUUUCUGAUCUUGACAGAAAAAGCUUUAUUAGCGCUCAAUAA